AAGCCAAACAAAACUCAAACUUUGCAUCUUUAGCAGAAUUAAGAAGUCGCCGUUGAUUUAUGUACGGCUAAGGCUGCUGCUGACGAUGACGACCUGACACAAACAUUCACAGAAAAUUCCGAUCGUGUUCAAGUUACAUACAAGUUUCGAUCUUUUUCUACGAGAACUUGUUUUCAUCGUCUUGAUCGUGAGACCCGCACGAAAUCUUCGCUCGGUCUCUAUCAUCUGUUCUCAAGUUCAGAGUCCACACACAGAAAGCUCGAAACUUUAGGAUUUUGAUAAAAGAGAAUUCUUGCAAUGGCAAAUAACGCGGCUGCUUGUGCUGAGAGAGCUACAAAUGAUAUGCUGAUUGGUCCUGAUUGGGCUAUCAACAUUGAAUUGUGUGACAUUAUCAACUUGGAUCCUAGCCAAGCAAAAGAAGCAGUGAAGGUGCUCAAGAAACGGUUAGCUAGUAAAAACUCUAAAGUGCAGAUUCUCGCUCUUUAUGCAUUGGAAACUCUUAGUAAGAACUGUGGGGAGAGCGUGUACCAGCUUAUUGUGGACCGUGAUAUUUUGCCUGAUAUGGUCAAAAUAGUCAAGAAAAAGCCAGACCUGAGUGUAAGGGAGAAGAUACUUAGUUUGUUAGAUACAUGGCAAGAGGCUUUUGGUGGAAGAUUCCCUCAAUAUAAAAAUGCUUAUAAUGAACUCAGGUCUGCUGGAAUUGAGUUUCCACCUCGAACAGAGAGCAGUGUACCCUUCUUCACUCCACCUCAGACUCAGCCCAUUAUUGAUCACGCCGCUGCUGCUGCGUCAGAUGAAGAUGCUGCUAUUCAAGCCUCUUUGCAAAGUGAUGAUGCUUCUGCUCUCAGUGUGGAAGAGAUUCAAAGCGCUCAGGGGUCAGUUAAUAUUUUGAUGGACAUGCUUGGUGCUCUUGAUCCAAACCAUCCUGAGGGUUUAAAGGAAGAACUUAUAGUUGACUUGGUAGAGCAAUGCCGUACUUAUCAAAGACGUGUAAUGACUCUGGUCAACACUACAUCAGAUGAGGAGCUUCUGUGUCAAGGAUUGGCGUUAAACGACAACUUGCAGCGUGUUCUUCAGCAACAUGAUGAUAAGGCAAAGGGAAGCUUUGUUCCUCCAACAGCUCCUACUGUACCGCUUGUUAGCAUCAACCAUGACGAUGAUGAUGAGUCAGAUGAUGAUUUUGCUCAGCUAUCUCACAGGUUGAAAAGAGAGAGUGCACGAGGGAGUUUCAACCCUAUUCUUCCUCCACCACCACCUACAAUGAGGCCAGUACAUGUUGAAUCUGGUGGUGCUAUGGACUUCCUCAGUGGCGAUGUCUACAAACCUCAAGGAACCUCAGAGAGUCUAAAGCCUCCUAGUACUUCCCAUUCAUCAGAUCGAGACUCUUCUGCUCCUGUUUUCGAUGAGCCAGCUCUUCCCCGGAGCAAAUCCCCUGAACAAGCUUUGUACACAAAGCCAGUUUAUGAUCAGUUGCCUCGUGCUCCACCGCCAAUGUCUGUUAGAACCAACCAGAGGCCACAAUACUCGCAGCAUGGUAACGUUCCUCAACGCUCAAGCAGUGGCUCUGAGUCCUCUUACGAUGAUCUCUUGGGACAGUCGAGGAAUCUUUCUCUGAAUCCAACCGCCUCUGCUGCUACACCACCACCAAAGAAAGAUGACAAACCAGAGGAUAUCCUUUUCAAAGACUUGGUUGACUUUGCAAGAACCAGGAAGUCAUCUUCCUCUUCCUCCAAACCCAACAAUCAGAACAACACACCGUUUUGAGACAGUGCUGCCAGCUGUGUUCUUGUUUUCUUUUGAAUGAACAUGGAUGAUGAGAACCUUGUUUCUUAUUGUAUAAAUUAAUAAAGGUGAAUAUAUAGAGAUCUUUUAAUC